UGCUGUUAUCCAAAUCCUCUCUCUCUCUCUCUCUCUCUCUCUGACUAUAUUGCCCACUCUACUUUCCCUCUUCUUCCGUCCAUGCUUCUUGGAGUCUGCCGACUGCAAUAAUUCUGUAUUGAAUCUUCAUGAGCAAAAGGAGCGGCACGUCCAACCGGCUCGGCCGGUGCAUGAAGGCGCCGCUCCGUGCGCUGUGCCACGCACGCGACUUCUACGUGCGCAGCAUGAACAGCUGCGCCGGCCGCAUGGAGUACGGGCUGCAGAUGGGGGAUCUGCCUAGAAGCUACAGCCUUCAUCAAUCGACGAGAAGCAGCGCCAGCGACGAGGACCUGAGGCAGCUCAUACGUGCCGCGUCGCUGAGACGCGCCCUCUCUCAGUCUACGGUCCAUGGCACGCCACCGCCACCGUCGGCGGUGCCGCGGAGCCAAAGCGUGGCGAUCGGGAGGAUCGACGAAGACAAGCCCUGCGAAUUCGGGGACGCGAAGGUGGGGGCGGACUUCUUGUUGCCGAGGAGCCGGAGUUAUGCUCCCGGAAGAGAGAGGAACGCGAGGUUGUUUGUCUGAUGGAUAACGUCGCCAAGUGUCUGUGGAAAUGACUCUCCUUCCAUUUCGUGUUGAUAAGCCUCUUGGUUUCGUGUGUUGUGCUCGAAGUUAUCCGAUGGUAACAAAACUAGCUUGUAACUCGACAAUUUGUACCUUUAGAUUGUAAUGGUAUCGAACAGUUUCAUCUUUUGCCUUUGUCAUCAUGAGAUGCGGGGACUGACUGUUCUUCCUCCCAUCAAUUAUAAACAUUGAUGACAAGGGAAUUAUUGUGGUCCCUUCAUGCAUGAUAUUAA